CAUUCUUGCUGGAGUCUAAGGCAGGCCCCUUUACACUGUACUGGUGCUUGUACACUGAGGAGUGGUGUACCUGCAGCCGUGGAGACGAGCUAGAGUACGUUAAAGGAUGAGAAGGAAGUGUGUGUUGUGUGUGCUGGUGCUGGUGGCCUUGCUGUAUGGCCUCACAGUCCUGGUGGAGCUCAACCAUCUCAGCUUGGGGGUUGAAGAUAACCAACCAUCAAUAACCAAUGUCGGCCCAUCGUCCCACUCUCGUCUCUGUCAGCCCACUCUGGCCUCGUGCAGUACCCCCCACAGUCAGACCCCCCGUCAUGUCAUCAUCGCAGGGGCUCUCUCAUUCGUUGGCUCGAGACUAGCUGCUCACCUGACUGCUAACGGACUCACUGUGUACGGCUUUGCCAGUAUCAGUGAUACUAGACUAGAGGACAGGGUGAUCUGGUAUCGGAAGGAGCAGUUGGCAGCUUCCGGAGUAGCCAUAGAAAUUAUCGACCCAUCUAAUGAAACACAACUGGAGAGAAAACUAAUGACGCAUUUAUCAGAAGAUACAGUAAUAGUGUACGUGCCUACCCUGGACACGGGGAGUGACUCACGGCAGAAUUCACACAAAGCUGAGGAAUUUGUCAAAUUAUUGGAAUUGACACACAAACGAUCACCAUGCACGGAAGUGAUGCUAAUAUCAGACUUGACUGAGACACCAGCUCUCCACAGAACUUGGACAGACACGUUUGAGCUAUUACUGUCUUCGUAUCACAGUGUGUACGGUGUUCCCAUGACAAUACUGAGAGUGGGCGGUGUGUAUGGGCCGUGGAGUGAUGCAGCACUGUCCUGGUACCACACACUAGCCAGUGAUGGACACACUACAGGGAGCCGUCGGUUGGAGCUAUGUUGGUAUAUCAAUGAUGUGGUGGACAUAUUGUACAGAGCUAUUGCCAGAUCUCACAGAACUAACUGUGAAGUAUUUGAUCUGGGUAGUUGUUUAACACAAGACAUUCCUCUAACAGUAAAAAUUAACGAACUACAUUUAGAUGCAGAAUUUGUGCAGACUCAAGACACAAUUAAUUCUUGGACUAAAUUGAAAAUUGACAAGAAUCAACUGCACACCAUUGGUAGAGGAGUGAUGAAGACACUGUCUUGGGCUAAAGCAUUCGAAUCCUCUCAAGAGAUGGCUACUAGAAACGUUGUCCUCACCUCAUACUUCACCAGCGAGGUAGAUGCCCAGAGGGGAACACACAAGCAACCAAACCGUUUCUCGUACAUCAGUGACUGGUACAAGAGUGUAGUGAGACUAGACAUGUCUGCAGUGAUAUUCCAUGAUGGUUUAGGCCCGGAGUUCCAGCACAAACUAACCCAGAACCAUCCCGGGGUGAGCUUCGAGUAUGUGCCCUCUCUAAAGGGACGUAGUACCAAUGAUGCUCGUUUCUACUCCUACCUCAAGUAUCUGGAACACCAUUCGGACAUUCGCCAUGUACUCCUAACUGAUGUAUCAGAUGUUGAAUUUCAAAUGGACCCUUUCAAGCUCAUGCAUUUACUGGGAGAAUGGUUAUACAUUGGAACAGAUAUCGACAUCUUCCCGAGCAUGGAAACCAUGCCAUGGAUGCACGAACGUCUCACUAACUGCUUUAGUGAUUAUUCUGUGGAGCGAGGCCUACACACACUGACACAGAUGAACACUGUAUACAAUGCUGGUGUUAUUGGAGGCUCUAGGGACCUCAUGCUGACGGUAUUGACUAGAGUUGUCGCUUAUCUUAACACCACCCCUCCUCACUUGAACUGUAACAUGCCAGCUGUGAAUAUAGCCGUGCACAAGCAUUUCUUUGAGUGUGUGUUCACGGGUUACCCCCUAACCAGCAGGUUUCUAAGGAGACAGGUGUCACCACAAGGAGUGUUUAUACUGCACAAGUAACCAUCAUAUGCAGUCUUGCAAGAUUCAACAUAAAUUCAAUAAUUUUAUAUGAUUGGAUAUUAUACACUAACAGUGUAAAUUGUCAAUGCAUGCAAUAAUUACGCCCUCU